AUGGCGCUCUCCGAACGUGAAAACCCCCCAAGUGAUACAGAAACAGAGCCCCAAGGCCAAACAGAAGAACUCCCCGAGUUCUCACCUUCACACAUCACCAUUGACACGUUCAAUGACCUCCUUGCACGCUACCCUACCACCGUCGAGACGGUGAUACGACGCAAGGAGACCGCAAGGGCCAUCAAAGCCGCCACAGCCCGAGAGAAGAAGACGAGAGGAAAGGAAAAGAAACACGCGGCAGAUUCUGCUGCCUCGCAGCCUACAUUGACACCCGACGAGAAAAAGUAUAUCGACAACCAAGUCCGGGCGUACCUGGCUCUGGACGGGUUGCGGUACGCGACUCUACCAGCGCGGGUGCGGGAGAGAGCUGCCGCUGCUGCUACCGCUACAGAAGGGAAAGAAUCCAAGACAAAUGUCUUCGGAUACCUAGAGAAAGAUGAGUUGGUGCAGUUGAUCGAGUGGAAGCUAAAACACGGCGUCUACCGUCCUACGCUCCUAAGCCUGGUCCGCUCGAACCAGGCUGCCCUCGUCCGCCGGACGACGGCCUCUGCGUUCGCUACUGUUCCGGCGUCAGAUCCAAUGGCCGAUCUGGCGUCCGCAGAGGCAGACGCAGAGGGAGAGUCGGAGUCGGACAGCGCAUUCCCCAAACACAGCCUAGAGACAUUGACUGCUCCGCUCCGAGGCGUGGGUCCCGCAACGGCUUCGCUGAUUCUGUCCGUUGCGACGGAGGCAGCGCCGUUCUAUAGCGAUGAUGUCUUUCUUUGGCUUUGCUUGGGUGUGUUUCCCUCUGCUGAUGCCGCCGCCGAGGAUGGCGGGGAGAAGAAGGGCGGGGUGUCGAAGCGGAUACGUCCGAACGGCGAACUCAACGUCAAGUAUAACAUCCGGGAGUACCAGCAGCUCUGGGAGGCUGUGCGGCGGCUGCGGGCUAGACUGGCUGCGCAGUCUUCUAAUGCGGUUUCCUGUGCGGAUGUUGAGAAGGUGGCGUUUGUGCUGAGGCAUUAUGAUGUCUCGGGCUAUUCUGUUGAGGAUGGUCCUGCUGCUGCUCAGGGAGAUGAGGAGACGAAACGGAAGCCUGACCAGGAUGUUCAAGCAGAGGAGAGAAGCUCGAAAAGAAGACGAUGA